CUCCUCUCCCACCUCCCCACCCACACUAACAUAUAUAUUUAUCAUAAUCCCCUUCAGUUUUCAUCAUCGUGAGUCAACGUGAACUCGAAAACCACCAAGUGCUUUUACCGACUCUCCUAACUUCAAAAUGCGAUCUGUAUUUGGAUUUUUCUGCACCCUGUCCGCUCUCAUAUCCACAUGUCAUUCAUUGUCGUGCAUAAGAUGUAUCAGCAUGACUACUGAUUCUUGCAACGGUCCCAGCAUCACCUGUCCUGCUGACCAAGUCUGUGGAGCAUCCUACACGCUAACUACUGCAAGUGGGGUUACGGCGUCCCAGACAUAUUCUAGAGACUGCGUUCCCAAGCAGUACUGCACCUUCAAUGGAAGCAUGGGAUUUGCCCAAAACAUCCGCGCAAGAAUCGGCUUCAGCUGCUGCUCUACCGACAAUUGCUUACCUUCACUACCCGCACUGGCGGCUGAAAAUAAUCAGCCCAACGGAUUGGUCUGUCGCAGUUGCAUUUCUGCAGACUCUGAAUGGUGCUACACGGAUGAUACCAUACAGUGCACCGGAGACGAAAACAUGUGUCUUCUUCAAACUACAAAAAAUAGAGGAUCCGUAUCAAGUUCUACGGCAUUCCGUGGAUGCGCCACUAAAAGCAUCUGCAAUCUCGGGAGCCAGGCUGUGACAGCUGAUCAGAUCAGCGUUGACACAAACUAUCAGUGCACCAGCGGAAGCGUUGCUGUCUUCGGCGGGGUCUUCCUUCCCCUUCUUCUUGGUAUUGUGCUGACUAAACUCCUGUGUUAAAAAUUAAAAAAAAAUGAUGGCCCCGCUGCUUCCGCGAUUCAAUCAAUUUACCAAUCGCUUAUAUGUUUUUUUAUAGUUUUUAAUGUUUUUUUUUUCUUUUGCGAGAGGGAGAAGGUGGAAGAUCGGCCUUUGAAUUAUAAAUGGAGCAGGAGGCGCUUUUUAGUGUGUCGGUAUUGGAAUGGCGAGGCUUGUUGAGUAAUCGGGGAGUUGUCGGCAGUCUGGCCUUUCGUUACGCCGGGCAAUUGUCCAGAAUGUAACAAUGUAACAUCCAGCCGGCCUUUGUAUUUAUGUCAUUUUGCACCCGCUGGCCUUAAAGUGCCAGGACCGCUUAGUCAUCCCCUGGUUGUAGAUGAGGUAACGUUAUGUAUCUUGUUUACUUAACUGUACCUCACAAAGGGCCAUUGUCAGCUCAAGAUACUCUAAAGAAGAUGGCCCAGCAUAUUUAUGCAUUAUUCAGGGACAUUUUGGCCCUUCGUGCUGGAGAAGCCUACUGGGGUUGACCCUCUUAAUGAUCAUUUACUCUUCUAUUAUAAUAACAGAGGCCAUCGAGCACACCUUUAAAAAUGGCCGACAAGCUGGUGCCUUCCAGUUAUCUUUAUUGCUCCCUGUGUGCAUCUACCUGCUGGAUACACGAGGUCGCAAGCUACAAAAGUCUAGGCAAGUGAUGCCAGAGCGUAGUAUGAUGUCACAAAUAUCCAACGGCGGACAUACGCGGUUUCUCGGACCUUGGUUGCCAGGGUCGGUUCUCAUCCCUAGUCAGUUCCAAAGGCAGAGAAUAAAAGUGGCUCUCCGACUACGGAAUUAGAAGAUCCAUAAUCCCACAUUUUAGGACAAAAUGCAUCUUCUUGUUGGUAUCGCUGGCCAACAAAGUAAAAACGAGAUGGAAAAGCACAGUGUUCCAGGAGUGACAAUAAUGUAAAUCAAGUUAAAUUCCAAAAAAAAUCCAUAUAUUUGUUGUCUCGUUUCUUCUCUAAACUGGUUCCAGUGGUUCUGAUAUUAAAAAGACAAGACCGCUGAAGUCUGUUUUGGCUCCUUAGGGGGUCGUCGUUACUCUGACUAUUUAUAUCAUGGUUGCUGUACUAGGGGCGGGGGGGAUUGGCAGAUCAUCAAAUAUGCCAGGAAUUUUUGUAGCUUUUGUCAUCAUCAUCAUCAUCAUCAUAAGAACUCUCCCACAGAACAUGAUUUUCAAUGUUAUUGUUCCGCAUAAUUAUUUUUCUUACUAUAAAUUACAGAUUUUUAUGUUAAAAAAUGUGCACGUCUUGGUUGAAAUACUUGAUUUGAAAGACUUGAUGCAUCACUGUAUUGCUUCUUACUAUUAAAUGUUUGUUUAAAACAAAA